CAGCGGUGAGGCGGCGGCGGCGGCUGCUGAGGCUCAGCUCUGGGGAUAUUGGCGGCAGCAGCUGCGGGCUGCGCUGCGCCGUGCAGACCCGGUGCACGGUGCGGGAUCCCGGGACGGCGCGUACCCUAGAAGAUGCCUCUGAUGGAACAGACUCUGGGAAGCUUCUCUGGCCCCGUGGCUUUGAACAGGAGCUCAAGCCGGGGGCUGUUUGAAGCCCUAGCCGUUGUAUCCUGAGGACCGCCGGUCUGGAGAAGAUGGCUGUAAUUUUGGAUGACGACGUACCACUCAUCCUGACCUUGGAUGAGGCUGACAGUGCUCCGCUGGCUCCUUCCAACGGCCUGAGCCAAGAAGAGCUGCCCAGCAAAAAUGGGGGCAGCCACGGUGUCCACAACUCCCAGGUUCCCAGUCUGGUCUCCGAGGCCGACAGUUCCCCCUCCAGUCCCACUGGACACAACUGGGAGAUGAAUUAUCAAGAGGCAGCAAUCUACCUCCAGGAAGGCCAGAACAACGACAAGUUCUUCACCCACCCCAAGGAUGCCAGGGCGCUGGCGGCCUACCUCUUCGUACACAACCACUUCUUCUACAUGAUGGAGUUGCUCACGGCCCUGCUCCUGCUGCUGCUGUCCCUGUGCGAGUCACCUGCCGUCCCUGUGCUCAAGCUCCACGCUUACGUCCACGCCACCCUGGAGUUGUUCGCCCUCAUGGUGGUGGUAUUUGAGCUCUGUAUGAAACUGCGGUGGCUGGGCUUCCACACGUUCGUCCGGCACAAACGCACCAUGGUCAAGACGUCUGUCCUCGUGGUGCAGUUCAUCGAGGCCAUUGUGGUGCUGGUGCGGCAGACGUCCCACGUGCGGGUGACCCGGGCACUACGCUGCAUUUUCCUGGUGGACUGUCGGUAUUGUGGCGGUGUGCGGCGCAACCUGCGGCAGAUCUUCCAGUCGCUGCCACCUUUCAUGGACAUCCUCCUGCUGCUGCUCUUCUUCAUGAUCAUCUUCGCCAUCCUCGGUUUCUACUUAUUCUCCACGAACCCUUCUGACCCGUAUUUCAACACCCUGGAGAACAGCAUCGUCAACCUGUUCGUUCUCUUGACCACAGCCAACUUUCCAGAUGUCAUGAUGCCCUCUUACUCCCGGAACCCCUGGUCCUGUGUCUUCUUCAUCGUGUACCUCUCUAUUGAGCUGUACUUCAUCAUGAACCUGCUCCUGGCCGUGGUGUUCGACACCUUCAACGACAUCGAAAAGCACAAGUUCAAGUCUUUGCUGCUGCACAAGCGGACCGCCAUCCAGCAUGCUUACCGCCUGCUCGUCAGCCAACGGAGGCCAGCUGGCAUCUCCUACACACAGUUUGAAGGCUUGAUGCGCUUCUACAAGCCCCGGAUGAGUGCUCGAGAGCGCUUCCUGACUUUCAAGGCCCUGAAUCAGAGCAACACACCUCUGCUCAGCCUGAAGGACUUCUAUGACAUUUACGAAGUUGCUGCUCUACAGUGGAAGGCAAAGAAGAACAGACAACAUUGGUUUGACGAGCUUCCCCGGACAGCCUUCCUCAUCUUCAAAGGGAUUAACAUCCUUGUGAAUUCCAAGGCCUUCCAGUAUUUCAUGUACUUGGUGGUGGCUGUCAAUGGUGUCUGGAUCCUGGUGGAGACGUUCACGUUGAAAGGUGGGAAUUUCAUCUCAAAGCACGUGCCCUGGAGUUACCUCGUGUUUCUUACCAUUUAUGGAGUUGAACUGUUCAUGAAGGUGGCUGGCCUGGGCCCUGUGGAGUACCUGUCCUCUGGAUGGAACUUGUUCGAUUUCUCGGUCACAGCCUUUGCCUUCCUGGGACUGCUCGCACUGACGCUCAACAUGGAACCCUUCUAUUUCAUUGUGGUCCUGCGUCCCCUUCAGCUGCUGAGGUUAUUUAAACUGAAGAAACGCUACCGCAAUGUGUUGGACACCAUGUUCGAGCUGCUGCCGCGAAUGGCCAGCCUCGGCCUCACGCUACUCACCUUCUACUACUCCUUUGCCAUCGUGGGCAUGGAGUUCUUCAACGGGCGGCUGACUCCCAACUGUUGCAACUCCAGCACGGUGGCCGACUCCUACCGAUUCAUCAAUCACACGGUGGGCAAUAAGACCAAGGUGGAGGAGGGCUACUACUAUCUCAACAACUUUGACAACGUCCUCAACAGCUUCGUGACCUUGUUUGAACUCACCGUUGUCAACAAUUGGUACAUCAUCAUGGAAGGCGUCACCUCACAGACCUCCCACUGGAGUCGCCUGUACUUCAUGACCUUUUACAUCGUGACCAUGGUGGUGAUGACCAUUAUCGUGGCCUUCAUCCUGGAGGCCUUCGUCUUCCGCAUGAACUACAACCGCAAGAGUCAGGACUCGGAAGUGGACAGUGGCAUCGUCAUCGAGAAGGAAAUGUCCAAGGAGGAGCUUCUGGCCAUCCUGGAGCUUUACCGAGAGGUGCGAGGCACCUCCUCUGACGUCACCCGGCUGCUCGACACGCUCUCCCAGAUGGAGAAAUACCAGCAAAAUUCCAUGGUGUUUCUGGGACGUCGAUCGAGAACCAAAAGCGACCUGAGUCUGAAGAUGUACCAGGAGGAGAUCCAGGAGUGGUACGAGGAGCAUGCCCGGGAACAGGAGAAGCAGCUCAGGGGCAGUGUGCCUGGCCCUGCAGCCCAGCAGACCCCUGGCAGUCGCCAGCGCUCCCAGACCAUCACCUAGCCGGGUUUCAUCAUGCCAGCCUCUUCUAUGCAAUAACACCAUAGUAUUAUGUACUACGAUGUAUGGAAACCAUGUGUGUAUGUAGACACACUCAUAUAUAUGCACAUAUUUACACAGAGACAGAAAGGGACUAAGCCAGGGUCCGUUCGAACCACCUCGCUCUGUCUUCCUGACCUCCAGAGAUCGGCUUAGGCUGGAGGCCCAGGCCUGGCUGAGAUCUUCCUACUGUGGAAAACUCUGGAAGCCCUCUGCUCAAGAAGCUCCUUAAAUAGGCUGUCUCAUGUUAGCAAUGCUGGCUUUCCUGGGGGACCUUGACUGCGUCCCUGCUGUGGCCUCGGGCUUCCCUACCUGUCCCCAGGCCACCACAGGUGUCUGUGUCUGGUGUUAGGGACAAAACCACUAGGAAGAAACCCCACAUCCUGCAGGAUGGCACCCGUGGAUGACAAAGUGUUAGAAGGUUCCCUUGAGGGAUCAGUGCCCGGGACCCAGUGGAAGCUGACAGAGGCCAGAGAUGGCUGGAAACAGCAGCAAAUACCCUCAGGCUUCCAGUCCUUUCUUGUUGCUGAAACAACAACCUACCACAGCCUCCCAGGGGAAGCUCUCCCGGCAGGAGAAAGCCAGCUCUAGGCCCUGGGAAUCUGACUUGCUCAGGAGAGUUCCUGUGAUGUGGUGCAGAAGGCAGCCUCCCUCACCCCACACCUUCUUACAGUAGAUGCUGUGUUUGGGGAGGAAGCCACACACAGCACAGGGACACUUACUGCCCAGCACAGCAGUCCCUAGCUUGCCACCACACCAUGGGUAGCUGCGUUUCAAGGACUCUGAGGCCCAAUGAGUAGUGGCCUCUUCCAGAGUUCUCAUAAGCUAGGUGGGUUGGGGAGGAGGGAGACUGGUCAGCCGCCUUGUGCGGUGCCUUGUGGGAGUUCUUUUGAAGCCACCACAAGGUGGUGGCUGGGUAGUGCGGUGGCAGAGGGAUGGAGCCCUGGCCACUUCAUCCUACUGUCUUGUCCAAAAGGGGCUGAAGAUGGGCAGGGUUGCCAGAAGUUGCCUGAUACCCCUGCUAAACUGGCCUUCCAAACCUGCUAUUGCUUGGGAGUUGGAGUGGGUGGACACAGGUCCCCUCCUGGUCUCCCAGCUGCUGAACCAGGGGCCAAGCUGGAAAGUGGAUGUUUUUACUUUUAAAUAAAGCACAGCCCCCACCCCCACCCUCCCCCCAACACCCUCCAGGAAAACCACAGUCAGGAGACUGGCAAAGUCCCUUCCACUUCAAAGAGCUCUUGGCCUCUAUGGGAUCUCAACCUGGACUCUAGGCCACAGCCCUGAGAAGCAGCGUCAUGCCAUUUACGUAGUUGGCUGCCUUAGCUUCUGUGUAUGAGCACCAUUUUGGAAGCAGAAAGAGGAGAGGCCUAUAAAGAGGGCUUGGGACCUCUGAGUAUCCAGCUUGGUUCUAGGCCCUUCCUCUACCCCAAGUUCCUCCCUAGGGGAGCAGGCUCAGGUGGAGGGACCGGACUUGGGACCUGAUGUAGAGAUACUAAAACCCCUGGGUUUAGCACGUACCAGCCAGGUGCCUGAGAGAGAUAAGGCUGUCGGGUCAAACUGCAGCCUGUCACGGAGCCUGAGAAAACCUGUCCCCACAGAGUCACCUUGAGCACACACCAAGCUGACCCUCAAACUUGCUAGCCGAGCAGGGAACAGACUGUCACCCAGGGCUGUAAGCUGAGACCCUCCUGGGAUCCUAUCUAACCCAGAUGGCCCUUCCCUCAAUUCGGCUGAGUGGGAAUGGUGGCUCUGAAUCACAGCCCAGCAGGGCCAGCUAUGGAACCACGCCUUCUCCCCCACUAGGGAUGAGACAGUCUGUGGGAGCAGUGUCUGGCCCCUUCCUCCUUCUCCUCCCCCACCCCAGCCUUACUUACUCCACACACCGUGCAGACAAUCAUUUUGUAUGCGUUAAGAGCUUCUUCGUCGUCGUCGGAAGGUUUUAUACAGUGAUUUGUUACCUAGGAGCCCACUGUGCCCAGAUUUCUGGUGUGCCAAUAAAGACCCUCUGCUUUAUA